GUCUCGACCGCGGGACCGCACAUGUUUACGGGCAGCAUUCCGCCGGUUGAGGCUGGAGCCGACUCCGGACUGGAAUAACCAACAGCCGGACGCGGAGCCCCCGAAAGCGUGGAAUUUUAACCUUUUUAACGUCGUUUGCGUGUACGACAGCGAAUAACGUCGAGUGAACCUGCUUCAUUUCGCUCAUUUAAAGCGAAUUCGUCGACGAGAAAAGGUUAUACGACCAGUCGGGUGCCAUUUUGUUCAAUCGUGUACGCGUAAGACGGUGGUUGUGGAUGCUCCGCGUUUUCCCGAUAACUUCUCUCCCAGUUAGCGAGGAAAGCAGCGAAAACAAACAGGUCGAGGGGAGGAAAAAAAAGGAAAAAGGAGCGAGCUCGGCAGCCGGUUUUGGACGUGGGGAGAAUUUGUUUGUCUUGUCCUGACCGCGGAAGUCGACGGCGUCGGGCCCGUGGAGUAUGUUCCCGCUUCCGGACGUUUUGUCAGGGCUCCUGCUCAUGCCUCUCCUUGACGUUGUUUACCAGCCGAGCCGCUUCAUGCUGUAAAAAAAAUCCCUCCCCUCGGGUAAAUUCGCUUCGGACACCCGCGUAGAAAUGCACGGCCGGCGCCUGGUCAAGCGCUCCAUCCUCGGCAGCCGAGUGUACGCGCCGAGUCCGACCGGCGACGGCGCUCCGGUCACCGGAGUGGUCCAGGCUGUCAAGCAGGAGAGCGGCGGGGAAGCAGCGGCGGCCGCCGGGGCCCGGCGCGGCGGCGGAAGCACCAACACCAGCAGCGUUUACACGGUGCUCAUGCCGGACGGCAGCCUCAAGGAGUUCGCCGAGGAGGAGAUAGCCGCCGCGGGCUUCAACCACACUAAGGGACCGCUCAAGUCCAGCUUGAAGAACUCCAUUAACGGAGGCCCGGAAGGGCACAGGAGCGACUGCCCCGAGGCGGCGGCGGAGGGCGACCACCGCGAGAGCAACGGCAAACGGAUGGACGCCUGUCGAUCCGUGUCACUGCUGGAGCAGAAGCGCAAGGUGGUCUCCUCCAGUAUCGACGUCCCACACGCUAGGCGGUCAGAGGAGGAAGUGGACAUGGACAAGGUGACGGCGGCCAUGGUGCUGACCAGCCUGUCCACCAGCCCGCUCGUCAGGAGUCCGCCCGUCAAAGUUAGCGAGGCCCUGAGCGGCUCGUGGAAAGAGAACGGCUGCGCGGGUCCCUUCACGCCGUCCAGUAACAGCUCGUCGGGCGGCUACUGGAGCUGGUCGGCGCCCAGCGACCAGUCCAACCCGUCCACGCCGUCUCCGCCCCUGUCGGCCGACAGCUUCAAGCCCUUCCGGGUCCCUGGCGGCGGGGCCCUCAACGCCGAGGACCCCUGCCUGGAGGAAACGGACGGCAGCAGCUUGCUCUUCGACGAGCCCAUACCGCGCAAGCGCAAGAACUCCAUGAAGGUGAUGUUCAAGUGCCUGUGGAAGAACUGCGGCAAAGUUCUGAGCACGGCCGCUGGCAUCCAGAGGCACAUUCGCACCAUCCACCUGGGGCGCAACUGCGACUCGGACUGCAGCGACGGCGAGGAGGACUUCUACUACACGGAGAUCAAACUCAACACGGACGCGUCGGCCGAGGUCCCGGGCGGUCUUUCGCCUGCGUCGCCCUCGGCGCUUGCGCCGCCCCGGCCGGACGGGCCGCCGCCCUUGCCCUCGCCCCCGCCGCCGCCCUGCACCAAGGAGCCUCACGCCGGCAGCGCCACGCCGCUCAGCCGCUCCGCGCCCAGCGCGCUCUACCUCAUCCACGCCGACCACGCCUACCAGGCCACGGCCCCGAUGUCCAUCCCGUCCAACGGCGCCCCCGCCGACCCGGCGUCGUCGUACAGCUUCACGCCCACCAACGGAUCGGGCUUCAGCAUCUCCUGGCAAUCGCCGCCCGUCGCCUUCACCGGCAACACGGUGUCACCCAGUAAGAGUCAAGGCUUCGCCGAGCAGCGCUCCCAAACCAUCGCCGUCCUCUCCUCGCCGCCCAGAGCCACGGCCGCCCUCAGUCGUAAAGUGCGCGGCGAAGGCAAAAAGUGCCGCAAAGUGUACGGGAUGGAGAACCGCGACAUGUGGUGCACCGCUUGCCGUUGGAAGAAGGCCUGCCAGAGAUUCACCGACUAGACGCCAACCUCCCGUCCAGCAGGUGGCGCCGAGCCCAGACGUUCAACGUCAUUCCCGCAUUUCGGGAAAGUGCAGCUAAAAAAAAACGUCAAGGAAAAACCACGCAUUUCCGGCGUACUUUUAUUUGUCGCUUUGUGUUUUGUUCAUUUUUUUGAGAGGGUUUUUUUGACGUUUUUGAGCCGAAAGGAACAUCGUAAUGUAUUUGUUUUCGUUUUUUUCUUGAAAAGAUGAUCUUAAAUCACGUCCUAGCAAAUGCCCCCUCCAAAAAAAUCGAGUAGCAAUUUGCUAUAAAAGUCGGGAACCAACUUUUUGAAAAAAUAUUUGUAAAGUUCGGGUUUUUAAAAAUUGAACCUCUAAAAAUUAGCUGAAAAAAAAACCAUUUUGCUAGCUUUUUGAGAGACAAUUUGUCAAUGUUGUUUCUGAGAAUUUUGUAAAUUUCCGCUCUUUUUAGAAAGCACUUUUGUUUGUCGAAAAUGGCUCAGAAAAUUAACAAAUUUUUGUUUUUGCGAGUUUGGGAAAAUUCGGGAAACAAUGCCGAUGAGAGAAAAAAAAUCCUGAUGUUCAAAAGUAAGAUAAGCUAAGCUAGCUAAGAUUGUCAACUCAGCUAGCAUAGCAUAAAAAACAGAUAUUUGUAAGGUUUUUUUUUUUUUUUAGUGUGCACUUUUUAACAUUUUUGGGAGAGCAAAAAAUUGAGACAAAUAUCAUCUUUUUCAUCUCAUUUUUUUAGGUUUUCAACAUUAUUUUUUUUCAAGAAGGAACAUUGCAUGUUUUGUUUUAGCUACUUAGAAGCAAACAUUCAAGCAACGAAACAACAUUGUGACCAUUUUUGACCAAGUUUUCAGCUUUUUGAAAAUGAAAAAAAAAUGAUCCAAGUGAAGAAACUUUUGAACAAGACCAGCUUUUGAUGCUACAAUUUGAAGGAAAAGUCAAGGAACAACUUUUUUGUUUUUUAUUUUCUAACAAACGGAGGGAACAUUUAGACAAACUUGGACAUUUGGAACUGAAUUUUUUUUUACCAGUUCUGGAAUGAAAAUAUCUUGGGAUAUUUCUUUUUUUGUAAUCGCACGAGAAAACUUUGCAACCAAAAGUUUGUUCAUUUCGUUCGAUUAGCGUUAUGCUACGUUACCAUGUUUACGCUUGUUGAUGUUUCUUCUUCGGUGAAACCGAGACCCACGGGCGAAAACGUUAAAAAAUAAAAACAACAAAAAAAACGCCCUCCUCCGCAAAAUCAUUCUUUCAUAUUUUCUUUUUGUACGAAUUUUGAUGCUAGCAUGCAAAGGAGGAGGGCCUCGAACCAAAAGCAAGCACUUCAACAGAGCACUUGUUCAAUUUUUGUUAGCGCCUUAACAUCACUCCCGUUUUAAAAAUAUAUCUAGGUGUAAAAAACGGGAAGAACUUUAAAAGUUAGCAGCCAGGCGGGGGAAAAAAAAGCACUUGAUUGCAUUUUUUUAGUCAUUUAGCGUACGUCAUUUUUCGGUUUUGAUUGUAUAUUUUUGUCGCUAGUUGACGCAAAACAUUAAGAUAGCCCAAAAAACGUUUACAUAUUUUUUUGUAUUUUUUUUUUUGCGACGUUACUAACAUUUUUGUCCUACUUUUUAACCUGUUUUCGCUAAUUUUCAUUUCACUAACCGUCGUUAACAUGUAAGUAAUUGUCGUCCGAUAUGCCCGUUUCCGACCUCCUUAAACACGACCUGUCGAAUGCUUACAAAUAGUAAAGCUCGUUGUACUGCUUCCGUGCAUUUUCGUCAGGGGAAAAAUAUUUCCAGGAUUUGACCAAAAAAACGUUCAAAAGUUUCAAUUUUGAAGCUUUCCAUUGAAAUAUACAGUAUUCCGUAUCUCUAUUUUCCGAUAUGUUUUCGCGUUGUUGAUCGAUGGCUCGGCGACGCCGGGCCGAGGUGCUACGUUAGCCGCUAACCAGAUUCAUUUGACCAAGUUGGACUGUAAAACGGAGCGGACGCCAUCUUGUUCAGAUGGAGGUGCUAUUCCCGCCAACGGCUGCCAUCUUGUACGAAUUGUUGUUGCUGUCGAAGAUGAAAAUAAAAAACACCUGACUCAAAGUCCAUCGAGUGCACUCGCCAAGUGCCAGAGGUAUGAAUGACAUUUUUUUGGGUAUAUUUCAGUCCAAGCAGAACAUUCAAAGUGAUUUUCUAAAAAAAAGAAUCAAGGGGUGUUUGAUUGCUAAUGUUCUUCCUUUCCUGAUAAAUCAUGCUAAAAAUGAUCAAAUUUUCGCUAAUUUUAGCUUAAAAACUUGGCUAGGUUUUCAUUUUCAGUUAUCGGAAUCCGCUAACGUCAGGGCUAACGUGAUUAAAUACGUCGUUUAUUUGUUUGUAGUUUAUUAGCUAGCUCACAGGGUGACGCGGAAACUACCUAACUGAUUUUUACGAUGUUUUACGCUAUAUUGGGGAACAUUUUUAGCGCGGACAGCUUGAGCUUCCAAAUAAAGGUGCACGAACAGUCAUUGUUUGACAUUUUGAGGUUAUGAGGGCGUUGAAAGGUGAAAAUUUUAUUUGAUUAGCCAACAAAAAAAUGACUUGUCGUAAUAGCGGUGAAUGCGACAAAAUAGUAUUGUGUUGUAGUAUUUUACAAUGAUGGCCAAAAGUAUUGGCACCUCUGCUAUUCUGUCAGAUAAUGCUCAAUUUCUCCCAGAAAAUGAUUGUAAUUACAAAUGCUUUGGUAGUAAUAUAUUAAUUUAUUUAGCUUGAAAUGAAAACAAAAAAAAAAGACAAUGAAAAAAAAAAUUUAAAUCAUGAUCAUUAUCAUUUUACACAGAACUCCAAAAAUGGGCCGGACAAAAGCACCCUUUGAAAAAUCAUGUGAUGCUUCUCUAAUUUGUGUAAUUAACAGCACCUGUUACUUACCUGUGGCACAUAACAGGUGGUGGCAAUAACUAAAUCACACUUGCAGCCAGUUAAAGUGGAUUAAAGUUGACUCAACCUCUGUCCUGUGUGCAUGUGUGUACCACAUUGAGCAUAGAGAAAAGAGAGAAGACCAAAGAACUGUCUGAGGACUUGAGAAGCAAAAUUGUGAGCAAACAUGGGCAAUCUCAAAGCUACAAGUCCAUUUGCAAAGACCCGAAUGUUCCUGUGUCUACCGUCCGCAGCGUCAUCAAUAAGUGUAAAGCCUACAGCACUGUAGCUAACCUCCAUAGAUGUGGACGGAAAAUACAAAUUUACGAGAGAUUUCAACGAAAUAUUGUGGGGAUGGUGGAUAAAGAACCUCGACUAACAUCCGAACAAGUUCAAGCUUUUCCACAGUCCGAGGGUACAACUGUGUCAACCCGUACUAUCCAUCGGCGUCUGAAUGAAAAGGGACUCUAUGGUGGGAUACCCAGGAAGACCCCACUUCUGACCCAGAGACAUAAAAAAGCCAGGCCGGAGUUUGCUUACACUUAACUGAGGAAGCCGAAAUCAUUUUGGAGUAAGUAUUAGGCUGAGGGUGCCAAUACUUUUGUCCGCCCUACUUUUUGAGUUUUGUGUAAAAUGAUAGUGAUUUUUUUUUUCCCAUUCUCUUGUGUUUUUUCAUUACAAGCAAAAUAAAUGAAGAUAUUAUUACC